UAUACAUAAACCUUAUUUUUAAUGUUGCUUUUUAAGUAAUAGCAAUUCAUUAUUAAAUCUGCCCUGUAAAAUACAGCAAACAUUUGCGGUGUUAUGACUGUUGCCCGCUUUGCGAGAAAGUACGGAGCUGUUAUAUUCUUCCCCACAUUUACUGUGACAACAAUUUUGGCCGACUGGACGCACACCCAAGCCUGGAAAAAACAACAACGCAAACUUGCGAAGGAAAGUGAAUUGUUGACGGAUUAG